CACCACGAGUACAAAUGAAGUUCUCGCUCAGCAUGAAGUUCUCCGAGAGCAUUUUGAUUAUAAUUUUUGUGCUGCACGGUUUUUCGAAGGCCGAACAACCAUACACGGUUAAGAAUGAGCGUUUAGAGCCUUUCCAGGGCUUAAAAGAGACAGCCUUUGAUUUGAGCGAUUUGAAAAUUGUUGGACGUCAGCGUUACAUCAACGGUAGUGUGACACUCGCCGAAGACAUGUCUAGUGAGCAUUAUAAAUUUCAGGUAGAAAUUUUCUCCUCACCACAAGGCGAUGGUCAAUACAAACAACUGCCAAUGGGCGUGCCACGUACUCCCGUUUGUGAGGGUGUCAAAGAAUUAUAUACGAAAUUGUUGGAACCGUCUUUGGUUGAGGGUAAAAACACUGACUUUCCGCAUGUGCCCGAAGACGGUUUGUGUCCGCUACCGAAGGGUCAAUAUUUUGUAAAGAAUUUGGAUAUGAAAACAGACACUUGGCCAAAUCAAAUACCACGUGGACUGUUGAAAGCGAAAUUGACAUUUUUCAAGGAUGAAAUUAAUGUUGGAGGCAGUAAUGUGAUAAUAAGAGUCGAAGAUCGGGAGUGAGUAACGCGCGAAUUGGAAUAUCUCACUCACUCUCUCUCUCUCUCUCUCUCUCUCUCUCUUGAUAUUGAAAAAGAGAAGCAGAA